CCGCAGCCCGCCGAGGCAGCAGUGAGCGCCUCCCGCCACCGCCCGGGACCGACCGGAGGGGCUCUUCGCCGCUGUGCUUUUCUAGGAACCCACCGCAGGCGAACGAGAGCGACCUUCUGCGAGCAGCGGAGCACCAGCCAGCGGCGUGCAUGGAUUUAUGAAAACACUCAUGCAAGAAGUUGGCAGGACUGGGGCAAACUUUUCCACCGGCUCCGCGUCCGCCACUCCCCGUGCCUCGUCUCCUUUCCCCUCCUCGCCUGGCUGCCGCCGCUGCCCGCGAUGGUGGCAGGGCUGCUGGGCGGCGGCGGCGGGGCCCGCGGAGGGACAGUGCCGGGCGCCUGGCUGUGCCUGAUGGCGCUGCUGCAGCUGCUGGGCUCGGCGCCGCGGGGCUCGGGGCUGGCGCACGGCCGCCGCCUCAUCUGCUGGCAGGCGCUGCUUCAGUGCCAGGGGGAGCCGGAAUGCAGCUACGCCUACAACCAGUACGCCGAGGCGUGCGCGCCGGUGCUGGCGCAGCGCGGCGGGGGCGACGCGGCGGGGGCUGCUGCCGCCUUCCCGGCCUCGGCCGCUUCUUUCUCGUCCCGCUGGCGCUGCCCGAGCCACUGUAUCUCGGCCCUCAUUCAGCUCAACCACACGCGCCGCGGGCCCGCUCUGGAGGACUGUGACUGCGCGCAGGACGAGAACUGCAAGUCCACCAAGCGCGCCAUUGAGCCGUGCCUGCCCCGGACCAGCGGCGGCGGCGCGGGCGGCCCUGGCGCGGGCGGGGUCAUGGGCUGCACCGAAGCCCGCCGGCGCUGCGACCACGACAGCCGCUGCAACCUGGCGCUCAGCCGCUACCUGACCUACUGCGGCAAGCUUUUCAACGGGCUUCGCUGCACCGAUGAGUGCCGCACCGUCAUCGAGGACAUGCUGGCCGUUCCCAAGGCGGCGCUGCUCAACGACUGCGUGUGCGACGGCCUCGAGCGGCCCAUCUGCGAGUCGGUGAAGGAGAACAUGGCCCGCCUGUGCUUCGGCGCCGAGCUGGGUAACGGCCCGGGCAGCAGCGGCUCGGACGGAGGCCUGGACGACUACUACGACGAGGAGUACGACGACGAGCAGCGCGCCGGGGGCGCGGGCGGCGAGCAGCAGCUGGAUGACGACGACGGCGUCCCGCACCAGCCGCGCCCGGGUGGCGGCGCUGCUGCGGCGGGUGGCCGCGGAGACCUGCCCUACGGACCCGGGCGAAGGAGCGGCAACAGCAGCGGUCGCUUGGCGCCCCUAGGCGCCUGGACCUGGUUCGCCUCCAUCUUGCUGCUGUUGCUGCUCAGGCUGCUGUUUUAGCCCUCGCGCCCUCCCCCGAGCCCCCUUCAGCCUUGGGCUGCGGGAGGGCUCGUGCCAGGGCACCUGUAGCUUGGGGACAGAAGGGAUGGUUGGGGACACUUGCCAAAACGUUUUCAAAGUUGACUGUACCCAGCCGUUCUCCCCGCCACGACUUUUGGCACUUUCCCCGUCUCCUCACCCGAGCAUGACUUCUUGGACGUCCUCCCCUGCCCCUCAUUCCAGGCUCCAGAAACUCCCAGCACGUGUGCCCUGCAGAAACCGGCCUCGGUAGAGUUCUGGACGCCCGGCAUGGAAUGGGCGUGGGGAGGACAGAACCUAGUCCUGGACUCCAAAGAGGGUACUGGCUAAUGGGGCCUUAAUAGUUUCAAAGGACUGGGCUUGGAGCGGGGUUUCGAAUGGGGAUUUAUAUUUGCAAAGAGGCUGUGUAUGAGCAUUUUUCCUGUGAGGGGUUAGUGGGGGAAGGACCAGUAUCGACUUUUAUUGUGGCCAGUGAGGACAUUGCAAUCUUAAGUAAUCAGAGAAGUCCCACUUACCGGUUCAUUAGUUUACUCUUGGUUCCAGCGCCCUGAAUUUUCAGUUUUGGGGUGAGGUAGGAAGAAGUUAAUAAUCCUGAAUUUAGUUUGGGGUAACUUUGAGUCCUUGACCUUAAUUUUAUUCCCACCACUCUGAUCUCUUAGCACAUUUCUUAGGAUUAAGGGUCAAAAAAGGCUGAUCUAAAAAGUUACUCGUAAUAUUGAACAAUGCAAGUUUGUAUUAAAUGAGCUCUGCACUGCCAUCUAUGAAAGCCUCUCUAUGAUGUUUGUUUUGUCGUUUUUGUUCUUUACAUCAAGAAAUUGUAUGUACAAAUAUGCGGAGAACAUAUAUUCUGCUUUUAUCAGGGUGCUAAACUCUGGUACUUCUUAUAUAAAGUGUAUUAAAACUGGGGUUUGUUACCAGUUGCUGUACUUUGUAUAUAGAAUUUUUAUAAAUUGUAUGCUUCAGAAAUAAUUUAUUUUUUAAAAGAAAUUAAAAACUUUAAAUCCACAUUCAUCUUACACCCUUUCUCCCCGAAAUGUAUAGAAACCAUUUGUCACCAGGGAUCCAAACCCACAGUCCAUUGUGAAGUGUGCUCUAUCUACAACAGUCUUAAAAUGUACAGUGUAUUUUAUAGAUUUGAAGUUAACAUUCUUAUUUUCAAGAGAAUUUAUGGACAUUGUAGAAAUGUAUAAAUGCAUUUCCAAACUGCCUUAAACAUUGUAUUUUUAUAGACAUCGUUUUGUAAGA